AAGUUAUAUGAGUAAGCAUGGUGAUGUUGGUCUACGGAAACAGUCGCUUUGUUUUACUUAUCUUAAAAUUGUUACACGCGAGUUGAACUUCUAGUUCCUUUUUUUUAGAAUGACUUAACAGUACUAUAAUCAAUUCAAAUAAUUAUCAGCGUAAAAACCAUUUCUGUCUCAUUGUGAUUAACUCACAGCUGGUUUCGAGGUGCUGGUCAAAUAAGAUAGUCGUCUUAUGUUCGAGUCCCUGAUCGAGGCUGUCAGUGUGCACCAUAGUGAUCGUAACACUAGAUCCGCAUUAGUAUCCUGUUGAACAGCGAUGAAAAGUGCCAAAUUACAAGCUGCACUAGCCAAGCGUCGGGAGGCAGAACAGAUUAAGUAUCAGAAGUCGGCUGCCGUUGAAAGGUACUAUGACCAAUGGAGUCGUAUUACGUCACGUCUAGAUUCGUGGAAUUCUCCCAAAUUUCAGCAGCAAGCUGAGGAGGCACAGCGCAAACGAGAGGAAGCUGAGAAAAAGGAAGCUGCUCUUAACGAGCGACGUGAAAAGCUAUGUGCCGCGCUGCAAAAGGAGAAGGAUGAUUUCCAACGAGAGAUAAAAGAAAAGCAGCGCCCAAAAUCCAAACCAAUUUCCACCGAUUUACUAGAGAGCGUCCGGUCACGCUUGAACGACACUGAAGAAGCCAAGCGUCGAAUGGACUUGGAGGCAAGUUUGUACACCAAAUGGCGUAUGGGUUAUGACCGCGAUGCCGUCCUAAUGGAUUCCACAAACUCGCAUCAGGCAAUGGCCAAACUGAACUGGUUGGACCGGCAGGUUGAGCUGCAGCUGCAGAGCGAAAAAGAACGUAAAGAUGACCAAGAAAGAGAAAUUCGACUCCAUGAGGAGGCUCGGCGUCAUGAGGAAGUGUUACUCGAGAAAGAACGACGCAGAGAGCAGCAAAUCAAAGAACUGAGAGAACACCAAGAGUUUCACAUGAAAGAAUUGAAAUGUCGUGAGCAAGAAAUGAAUGAAUUGAAAUUGUACGAGAUACGAUUGCGUUCGAAACAGGAGGAGUUCACUAAGGAAAUUGAACAAUUGAGGGUCUACAACGAUCGGCGCCGAGAUCGUGUGGUCGCAAUGCAUAAUCUCAGGCGUAUAAAAAUGCUACUCCGUGAAAGAUCGGAAGCCGUCCGCAACGAUCUUAAGCACGAUCUUCAGCUUCUUCAGAGAAUUUCGAUCGAUUAUCCAGAAUCUAAUGAUGGGAUAAACUAUCUGCGCAAAAAGUUCCAACUGCAGUAUGAUCUAGAAGUCGACCAACAGACAACAAUCGAGAACAUGUAUGAGUCGGAAGCGAAACAUAACCUGUCCAAGUGGGAAGAUAAAUGGAACGAGGAAGCCCUGGUGCGAGAGCGACAACUUCGCUGUUUACUGGAUGAUCGCAUUACAGAUUUCGAGUCUAAAUUGAUAGAUUGUACGCAACGACAACGAGAUUUGAUUACUAUUCGUGAAGAACACAUCAAGGCUAUCGAAGCUGCUAAUCAACAGCUAAAGCAGCAGAUGGAUGAGAAAUCGAAAGAUUCCUCAGCGGUCGCUAACUCCAACCAAAUACGAGAGCUGCUAAUAGAUAAUUACCCACCUAAAGCGGCGGAAUUGAGUCGACCUUCUACACAAAAAUCCUACAGAAGUCCGACCUUCAGCAGCAUCUUUCCGUUUGAUGACAUAAAUGUACGAGAUCUUACGCUUAACGAAAAAUUCAAUAGAAAUGAAGAACAGUCAGGAGUUCUGUCCAUUCCGCGAUUCGGUCGCAAAAAAGUUGCUUGGUGCUAGUUGUAAGUAUACUUCUUACAGUUUUUGACAGUUUUUUGAUGAUGAUAUUUUUAAUACCAAAGCUGACAAAAUAAAUUAUUUUUUGCAAUAAA